GAAAAAAAAAAUGAAAACAAAAAAAAAAUCUGAUUAUUAGCAUGAUCUUUAGAUUCAAAAAUUGGCGUCAAACAUACAAUCGAAUACGAAUCCGAAUCGUAUUGAUCUUCUCAGAUGUAUUAUUUUUUCGAUAAAAAUAAUUCAUUUGAAAACCAAUCGUCAUAAUCUUUGGAUGGACCAGUUUGUUGUGAAGUCAUUUCAUUUGAACAACCAUUAAGACUUUUGUUCAUUGCCAGUUUGUGAUUUUCUUGUGUGAAAAUAUCAUCGUUUAACUUGAUCAUCUAUAGAUCAGUUUGUUGUUGAUUUAAAUUUGUUGCAUGAAAUUAUUAAUUUUUCAAGAAUUGUAAUUUUUUUUCUUUUGUUCUGUUUUGGUUAUUGUUUAAAUUUAUUUAUAUUUUUUUUUAUGAUUGUAAAUUUGAUGGUUUGGGUUGGGGAGAGAAAUGUGAUGGUUUGUUAACGUCAUUGAUGAUGAGCCCCAAUUCGAGCAAAGGAGUUUAGUGAAAAUGUGUUUUGAAUUCAUUUGAAUAAAUAAAUAGUUAACGAGUACACUACAUACUACUGAUUCUCGAAUACUACUAAUUUUCGUUUGUCAAUAUUUUGUCUAUAUUUAAAUUUUUCGAGUGUUUUUCAUCAUCAAUAAUGGCAAGAUCAGCGACUGAAAUUAUCGAUAUUAAUUUAUUUCAAGAUGAUUUCAAAAACAUGGAUCAAAAAUUUCUCCCAUCAGUUGUUUCAAUUAUCAGUAUUUUUAUUUGCGAAAAUUAUAAACCGAAAAAACAAUUUUUAUUGAUGACCAAAGAUGCUACAUAUGCAUAUGGUGAAGUAAUAUGCUCAUCAUUAUCGUUGGAACAUGAUAUGACCAAACCACAACGGAUAUCACUUUUAAAUGAUAUGAAAAUCGUUCAGGUGGAUUCUGGCUAUGAUUUUGUUACCAUUCUAACUGAAGAUGGUCGAGUGUAUCUUGCAAGCAAUAAUUCUAAUUGGAAGACGAAUAAUGCUUUUCGAUUAAUCAACACCGGUAAUGAUUGUUUCAAGAUGAUUGCUUGUGGAGUGAGGCAUUUAUUAUUGCUACGACAAGAUGGUCAUGUUUUCGCUAUGGGUGAUAAUAGAGUUGGUCAAAUAACUGGUAAUGAAAAAUCGUCAUAUGAAAGUAUGAUCAAUACUGGUAUUGCGAAUGUUAAACUUAUUGCUUGUGGAGGGGAUCAUAGUUUUUCAAUAACUAAUAAAGAAGAAAUUUAUUCUUGGGGCCCUAAUAGUUAUGGUCAAUUAGGUCUUAGCGAUAAAGAAAUUUCAAGUACCCCAUGUCUUGUUUCAUUUCCAAAUGAUGAUUCAAUCAAUAUCCGAAUCAAAGAAAUUGUAGCUGGUGACCAACAUUCAUUAUUUUUAUUCGAAAAUGGUCAGCUUUGGGGAUGUGGCUAUAAUUAUAAUGGUGAACUUGGUCUUGGUAAUAGACGAUCAAAGUUGGCGAAAAUACCGAUUGGAAAUUUACAACAAAUUAAAUGUUCAAAAAUCCACAACUUUUCAUUGGCAUAUGAUGGAUCAUCGUACUAUGCAUGGGGCAAAACCAAAUAUGUCAAAUGGUUAUUACCGAAGAAAUUGGAUGGUCAUCCGACAUCAUUUGCUUCUGCAUCAGUUCAGGUAUUGAAUUCACCAAUCACAUUUGGUCUCACAUCAACAAUCUAUGAAUUUGGAUCACAUGAUUCAAUAUCAUACAAAUCAAUCAUCGAAUUAUUAGAUAAUCAAGAUAAUUAUGAUGUGAAAUUUAUAAUUGACAAAAAAGAUAUCAAAGCAUGCAAAUGUUAUCUAAAAUCUGUAUCGAAAUAUUAUUGUCGAAUGUUUUCCGGAAAUUGGAAUGAAAAUGAUCAAGUGAUCAUCAACAAUUAUCAGUAUGAAACAUACUAUGCAUAUCUCCGCUUGUUACAUACUGGAAAAAUUCAAAUUAAUCAUCAAAACAUAACCGAACUUGUUGAUCUGGCCAAUUGUUAUGGUGAUGAAAGUUUGAUGGAAUAUUGUGCAACAUUCAUACGGAAUGAUUUGGAUGAACAAACUAUGCCCAAAUAUCUUCCAUUAAUUAACAAAUACGAAAUGAUAGAAUUGUAUGAAAAACUUGCUCAUCUGUACAAAAAUCAAAACCAACAAUCUUCUUCAUCUUCCAAACGUACAAAAUUUUCUUAAACUAUCUUUUCUAUACUUUUACCCUGAACAAUCAUUCAUUCCACAUUGUUUCAUUAUUCAUUCCUUU